GCCAAGAUCGACCAUCGCUCGGAAAAAGUGGGUCAAAACUUCGCUUUUUUACUUCGAGUAACUGGCGUUUCAACGGCCUCCCGAAACGGCACAUCCCACGACGCGUCGCUGGUCUUGGACGGAUGGCGGCGGCGGCACAUAAGGAGAAGGAAUUCUCGGCGCUCCACCUGAAAGCUGGCGAGAUCCAAGUCGAAGUGUUUGUGGCCGGCGACGGGAUCAAUUACCCCCAGAAAGGUCAAACGGUCGUUGUGCACUACACAGCCUACCUGCAAGACGGCAAAAAGUUCGACUCGUCGCGAGAUCGAGACAAGCCGUUCAAGUUUAAGCUCGGGGCCGAACAAGUGAUUCCCGGGCUCGACGAAGGUAUCGAACGACUGUGCAUGAAGGAGCGGGCCAAGAUAUACAUCCCGUCCGACAAAGCGUACGGGAAGAAGGGGUUUCCCGGUCUUGUGCCGCCCAACACAAACCUUGUGUUUGACAUUGAGCUGAUCACGUUCAAAUAA